AUAGUGACAAUAGACGCGGCCACAACACCGCGACAAUCGCGACAGUUGACAAUUCACCCGCCAAGCAAACUAGAAGCCAUCAAACCAGGAUUUCCAUAGAUGAGACACAUUCUCUAAAUAUUGUGUGUGCGUGUGUGUACGUGUGUGUGCGUGUGCUCGAGUGUGCUCAAGCCAGGAUAAGACUUUAGUGUGUUUCUAGGUUUCUUCUGCUGAAACCGCAGACGGGAUGCAGCUGCAAUUGACUCUGCUGACGUCUCUGCUGACGACUCUGCUGACGCUGAUGCUGACGCAGGCGGCGCGGCUGGAUAACAAAUACCUGCCACCGCCAGCGAAUGCUGCCAGUGCGGGCGGCGGAGCUGGCACGGGUCUUCAGGGUCCGGGCGGUGGUGGCGGCGGCUUUGGAGGCGCCAACAAUGGUCUGGGCGGCAUUAAUAAUGGACUCGGCGGCAUUAAUAAUGGACUCGGCGGCAUUAAUAAUGGACUCGGCGGAUUCUCGGGCGGAGGCGGGCCCAGCAGGCCAAUUGGCGCAGCUCCUCCGGCCCCGCCACGCGCACCCAGCGCUCCGGCGCCGCCUGCAGGCGGACCACCAAUACCCAUUUUGUCGUUUGUGAACGAGAACGAUGGCGAUGGCAACUAUCGCUUCAGCUACGAGACGGGCAACGGCAUCAAGGCGCAGGAGGAGGGCACCGUGAAGAACAAGGGCUCCGAGAACGAGAUACCCUCGGUGAUGGGCUCCUACACCUACACCAAUCCGGAGGGUGAGCUUGUCGAGAUCUCCUACACGGCAGAUGAAAACGGUUUUGUGCCAUCGGGAGCGGCCCUCCCCACACCCCCGCCCAUUCCGGAAGCCAUAGCCAAGGCACUGGCAGCCCAGGGCAUAUCUCCCCUUCCAGGCGGUGGCUACAGCGGAGGAGCUGGUGGUGGUGGUGGUGGUGCUGGAGCCGGCGGCGGAAGCGGAGCUGGGGCGGGAGCAGGUGGAUUUGGGGGCGGCGGCCGAGGUGGUGCUCCAGGCGGAGGUGGUGCGGGAGCAUAUGGCGGAGCCGGCGGCGGCGCUGGAGCCGGCGGGUAUGGAGGAGGUGCUGGUGGAGGCGGAGCUGGCGGAUACGGUGGAGGUGCAGGUGGUGCUGGAGCCGGCGGAUUUGGAGGCGGCGCAGGUGGUGCUGGUGCAGGAGGAUUCGGCGGAGGCGCCGGUCGUGGUGGCGCACCAGGCGCAGGUGGUGCUGGCGGAGCAGGUGGAGCCGGAGGAUUCGGUGGCGGUGCUGGCCGAGGAGGUGCACCUGGCGGCAGUGGUGCUCCCGGCUUCGGUGGUGGCCCAGGUGGUGCUGGAGCUGGAGGAUUUGGUGGCGGUGCCGGUCGGGGAGGAGGCGCAGGAGGUGGUGCUGGCGGUGGUGCUGGAGCUGGAGGCUUCGGUGGAGGCGCAGGUGGUGCUGGUGCUGGAGGAUUCGGUGGCGGCGCCGGUCGUGGAGGAGGCGCUGGAGGUGGUGCUGGAGGUGGUGCGGGAGGAGGAGCUGGAGCUGGAGGCUACGGUGGAGGCGCAGGUGCUGGCGGAGCUGGUGGAUUCGGAGGCGGUGCUGGUCGUGGUGGUGCUGGAGGUGGCGCUGGAGGCGCAGGUGCUGGUGGAUUUGGUGGUGGCGCUGGCCGUGGAGGCGCACCAGGAGGUGGCGGUGCUCCAGGCUUUGGUGGUGGAGCAGGUGGUGCUGGUGCUGGAGGAUUUGGUGGCGGCGCUGGUCGUGGAGGUGCUGGAGGUGGCGCUGGAGGUGGUGCGGGAGGAGGUGCUGGAGCUGGAGGCUACGGUGGAGGCGCAGGUGGAGCAGGCGGAGCUGGUCGUGGAGGCGCACCAGGAGGAGGUGGCGCUCCAGGCUUUGGUGGUGGCGCAGGUGCUGGCGGAGCUGGUGGAUUCGGAGGCGGCGCUGGUCGUGGAGGUGCUGCAGGUGGUGCUGGAGGUGGCGCUGGAGGAGGCGCUGGAGGUGGCGCUGGAGCUGGAGGUUACGGUGGAGGCGCAGGUGCUGGCGGAGCUGGUGGAUUCGGAGGCGGCGCUGGUCGUGGUGGCGCACCAGGAGGUGGCGGUGCUCCCGGAUUUGGUGGUGCUGCGGGCGGAGCCGGAGGUGGCGCUGGACGUGGUGGUACACCAGGCGGACCAGGCGCACCCGGUUUCGGUGGUGCUGGUGGAGCAGGUGGCGUUGGAGGAUUCGGUGGUGGCGGGGGUCGUGGCGGUGCACCUGGCGGAGGUGGUGCUCCCGGAUUCGGUGGUGGCGCUGGAGCCGGAGGCUUCGGAGGCGGUGCCGGCCGAGGUGGUGCGCCAGGAGCUGGUGGCGCAGGAAGAGGUGGCGGCGGCGGAGGCGGAGCUGGCGGCCCUGGCGCGCAAUACGUUCCUCCUGGUGCUGCUGGUGGUGGACGUGGCAACGGCGAGUUCGAUCCACAAACCGGCUACAGCUAUUAGAUCGCUUUAGAUCGACGGACGAAACCUCAAUGCAACGCAUCUGCCGCUAAUUACCCUUAGUUCUUUGCUCCUAAGAGCACAAGAGAGUUCUCCGAUGUCCGACGGUAUUAUUCUUAAAAUCUGUAUAAGUUUCCUGUCUUUCAAAAUUAAGAAUUAGUUCAUAAGCUGACAAGAGAUAAAAGAUAUUUAAGGUGUAUUUCGAAUGAUUCCAGAAUGUUUCCAUUGUUAGAAGCUGCUCACUUGUUGCAAACGAUUUCUAGAAUAAUAAAUUAAAUGCAAGAAAUUGAA